UGGCCGUCGCCAUGGUGCCCAGGGACGCAUCUGCACACUGCUGCAUCCAGCGUCCGGAGCCCCAGGGUCGCUUCCAGUCUUCCUCAUCUACAUAAGAAGAAGGAUGUGACUCAGAGCCUGGAGAACUACACCUCCAAGUGUCCUGGGACCAUGGAGCUCAUCACUCUCCCAGAUGGCCUCACCCUGACCCUGUGCCCUUCACCAAGCUCCCCAUUGUCAGAUUUCCAGUGGGUUCAAGGGGACGUAUGUGAAGUCCAGCUGAUGGUGUACAACCCCAUGCUGUUUGAGCUUCGAGUGCAGAACAUGGGGCUGCUGACCAGCGGAGUGGAAUUUGAGUCGCGCCCCACAGCGCUCUCCCUUCCAGCCGAGUCUGGUCUAUACCUGGUGACGCUCGUAGGGGUCCCACAGAUGACUGGAACGAUCACCGUGAACGAUCGGCACACUCAUUGCAGCCUUCCUCUGGUGACGAGAUAUCUACCAACGUGUCUAUGCAGCUGUUCAACGGGGAGACUCAUCAACUCAUCGUCACCUUAGAAAACAUUGGCCUGGAACCCUUGGAGGCACUGGAGGUCACCUCCAAACUGCUCACCACCAAGGAGAAACUGUAUGGCAACUUCCUGAGCUGGAAGCUGGAAGAAACCCUCGCCAGUUCCCCCUGCAGACUGGGCAAGCAGCCACCUUCACUGUCACCAUCAAAGCGAGCCUGGACUUCUCCUGCCAGGAGGGUCUCCUGCAGGACCUGAG